UUAUAUCCUCCUUGACAGUCAGUCGACAACAAGAAGCGCGCGCGCACGCCGCGUUCUAUUUUUAAAAUGUCUCCGCCGGUUUUAUUUUUAUUUCUCUCGGUGGUUGCGGCUGUGGCCAGCCAGGGUUCCAAUCCUAUAGUGAGGGUGGACAACGGUCUUCUAUCUGGUCUAUGGAAGGUGUCACCGAAUGGAAGGAGUUAUGCCUCGUUUACUGGAGUGCCGUAUGCUCGCCCGCCCGUCGGAAAAUACAGGUUUCGGGAGCCCCAGCAGCUGAAGCCCUGGCCGGGCACGUGGGACGCGUCCCGCCACCUGCCGCACUGCCUGCAGUAUGACCCCUUCGAGGCCAAGAUAUCAGGAAGCGAGAACUGCCUGUACCUCAACGUGUACACCCCUCGGCUGUCACCGGGCGCCUCACUACCCGUGCUGGUGUUCAUUCACGGAGGCGCCUUCAUGUACGGGGGCUCCUCGCUGUACGACCCCUCCAGGAUCAUGGAUACCGACAUGGUGGUCGUGACGCUGAAUUACAGGCUUGGACCGCUGGGCUUCCUCAGCACGGGCGACGAGGUGGUCCCCGGCAACGCGGGGCUCAAGGACCAGGCCUUCGCCCUCAAGUGGGUGCGCAAGAACAUCAUGAUGUUCGGAGGGAACCCCGACAGUGUCACGCUGACUGGAUGCUCGGCCGGUGGCGCUAGUGUGCACUACCAUUAUUUGUCGCCGUUGUCUAAAGGCAACUUCGCCCGCGGCAUAGCCUUCAGCGGCUCAGCCUUCGCGUCGUGGACCCACAGCGUGAAGCCGGCGCAGAAGGCUCGCACCCUGGCGGGGCUCGUGGGGUGUCCCACGGGCAGCAGCCGCGAGCUCGCCGAGUGUCUGAAGUACCGCCCGGCGGAGGCCCUCGUGCAGGCGCAAGUUGAUAUGUUUGACUGGAAGGUGCACAUGUUCACACCCUUCACUCCGACCGUCGAGGCGCCGGGCGUCCGCGAGCCGUUCCUCAGCCAGUACCCGCACCACGCCGCCGCCGCCGGCCUCAUGCAUCGGGUGCCGCUGAUCACUAGUGUCACUAGUGAGGAGGGACUGUAUCCUGCUGCUGCCUACCAGCUCCACCCUGACUUGCUCCCCGACCUCGAAGCUCACUGGGAGCACCUCGCAGCCAACAUCUUCGAGUUCAACGACACGCUGCCAGCCGCGCGCCGCCCCGAGGUGGCUGCCAAGAUCAAGCAGCAGUACCUGGGAGGGAAACCUGUCGGGCAGGACACUUUUGCGCAGCUUGUGCAGGCCCUCGGCGACCGCCUCUUCGUGGAUGCCGUGGGGCGGCUGGCGGAGACCCACGCGCUGCGCUCCGGCCAGCCCACCUACCUGUACCGGUUCGCGUUCCGGGGAGACUCCAGCCUGUCCAAGCUGAUGGCUGGGAAUGAGAAGAACUAUGGAGUGAGUCACGCUGACGACAUCUUCCACAUCUUCGAGUACCCUGGCCUCGGGUUCACCUCGCCUGACGACAGGAAGAUCACCAAGAUGAUGAUAGACAUGAUCUACAGCUAUUCCACACAUGGAGUGCCUCGCUUCGGCAACGCCCAGUGGUCUCCAGUGAUCCCUGGAUCCCCUGAGCUGGCCUACCUGGACAUCUCCUCGCCAGACCGCGUCGUGAUGAAGACCAGCUCUGACUUCGGGCACCGCGCCUUCUGGAACAGCCUCGGGUUUAGCGAGAAUGAGAAUUAUAGCGCUCAUGUGAAGGAUGAGCUGUAG